AUGAAAAACCAAAUAUCCAGUAUCUCCGAUCAAUUUGUAAAUCUUUUAUGGCAAGUCGCUUGUUGGAUCUGGGAGACCAUCGAACUCAUCCUGAUCAUCAUAUUUGAUUGCUUAGCGAGGCUAGUUGAACUAGUACUCGUGAUGAUGAAAUUAAUAUUUCAGGUGAUCUGCUUUAUUCGAGAUUUGUGCAUCGACGCGAUGCAGACCUUUGCCAAUGUUUUUCGAGGAAUCGUUAAUGUCAUUAGCAACAUCGGCUGCGAUGACGUCGAGGACUUUGCUUCUGCCUGCAUUGUCAUUGCCUUGUGUACCGGGGCCGUUAAGAUGUUCAUGAAUCUUCUUAAGAGGGUACAUACCAAGUAUCUCGCGAUAAUUAUUAUUGUCAACAAUGGCGAAUCAACGAUUCGCACCCGAUAA